GGUGAACUCUUUGCCAUUUUACGUGACACAUCACAAUCGUUAAUAAUGCUUCGAAUUAUUUCUCUCGUUUUCAUUGGUUUGCUCAAUGGAUUUGUGGAAGGACAAUGCUAUAGCUAUGGGGGUGUCGAGAUGGAUUCGACAUAUAAGCCAUGUAAUGGCUCAGCGCCCGUUAGCAUGUGCUGUCAUCUAGGGGUUAUCAACAACGGAGGAGACGAAUGUGGCUCUGGAUCUACGUACGGUCUUUGCGGUAUAAGUGGAACGCAACUUUGGAGAGAGUCCUGUACGGAUAAGACAUGGCAGUCUCCGCUGUGUUUAAAAUUGUGUGUCGGAGCAAACGAUACCGAGAUUACAGCAUGUCCAAAUGGCAGUUAUUGUUGCGGGAAGAAUGCAGCUGAUUGUUGCAACGCGAAUGAAGGAAAAUUCAUAGUCAAUAACCAAGUGUCGGAUACAGCAGCCAGGGAUUCUUUGAGCUCUCAAACUUCCCAAACUACAGCUGCAUCUUCAACACCAAUCAGCAUACAAGCAUCUGAAUUUAUGUCAACCACUACUUCUGGAAUGCUAUCAGCUGUAGUCCAAACAAGCACCGUCCAGGCAUCAGUCUUGAUUUCAACAGUAUACCAACCUCUACCGUCAUCAACCUUGACGGCCUCCUCCUCAAAUACACCCCAGUCUUUGUCGAUAGGUGCAAGAGCUGGGAUAGGAGCAGGCGCUGGGGUCUUCACCGUGCUAGUUUCCUUACUCGCAUUAUUAUUGUGGAAGCGAAAGCAACCCGGGAGCAAAUCGCAUGAACUCCCAGCUACAGAAAUUAAACCAUCACUCUUCAACCCCGGAAGGAGACCGAAGCAUGUGGAUAGAGUGGAAGUGGAUGGUACAACGCCAAGGGCAGUGGAAGUUCAUGAACACGGAAGGCAAAUCGAGCCUACUGAGAUGCUGUGAAUUUAAUCCUUCGGAUGAAAGACCUGUCCUUGGGUGAGGAUGGUGUUAUUAAUUAGGUUCUCCA